AUGAAUGCGGAAGGUGCAGACACUGUCUCCUGGUUGAGGAUGAUCGCAGAGGCCUCCGCGUCGAUUUGGGGAUUGGCAGGCUCCUCGAACAUCAUUGGAAUUGGAAAAUUAAAUUACAAUUUCGAAUUAAAAUUUCCAAUUCCAAUGACUAAAAGGAGCUCUGCUCUCUCCAACGUGAACAAAUCAAACGCCGAUUCAAAAAAAGGUGAUGAUGAUGAUGGUGAUGGAAAAAGCGCCGCAGAGAGUGGACAUCGGCUACAACCGAAGGAUGGGAAAAUCUCGCUGCGCAUCCUAGCGUCGUCCAAAGAACGAAAAGGCGACAACUUGCUUCGCAUUACUCUCAAAUCUCCAUCUAUGGAAGGGCAAACUCCACCACCAAUAGAGCUAGCGAGUCCAAAGACUGUGCAGGAGCCGUUUAAUACACUGGUCGAUAUGGCAGAAUACAUGAAUGGACUUCUGAUGGAGCAAUUAGAGCCUGGAGAUCCGCCUGAAGGCUAUGCACCACGACAACUUGCAUUGGUAUUCGAGACACUGCCUUCGAGGAGAAGAUAUCCAGACUAUUAUAAGGUCAUUGAGCGACCACUCUCGCUAAAGUCCAUCAUGGAGCAAGUGCGCGCUGGGCGUUAUGUCACUAAGGAUGAACUGAUGGCAGACUAUGAAACCAUGUUCAAGAAUGCACAGAUCUAUAACCAGCAAGAUUCCAUCAUCUAUAAAGACGCAUCUCUUAUGCUGGGAUUCAUCAGGAAGCUAGCUCCGCGACUCACCCUAGCAACUCGACGCGAGAGGAAAGCAGCGCCUCGGCGGGAGUCUCCUGUCGAAAAUGAGCUUAUUUCGGUUGAUGAUGGGGAGAGCGAUCGUCGGCGAAACAAAGUGGUAGUGCAGGCAGCUCCAGUACCACAAAAAGUUGUCUCCACCCCGCUGCAAGUACUUUUUACGGCGGCCGCUCGAGACGACAUUGCAACAGUACUAGCGUUACUGAACCGCCCGCCAGAAGCUUCUAGCUCCAGAAGCCCUGCAGAUGCCAGACUGCCUACCAUCGACACAAUCACGAGGCAUUAUGCGGUCUGGCCCUCUCUACCGCAAGAAGUAGCUGCUUUGGAUAAUGUACGGUGGUCUGUUGCUCAUUGUGCCGCUUAUUUUGGCGCGGUGAACGUUAUAGACGCAUUGGUGGAACGCUGUGGCGUAGGCGUGUUAGAAAGUCGUGACGCUCUUUACGAUUCUACGGCGCUUGCUUGGGCCGCCUUUGGCAAGCAGUUUGAAAUGUGUGAGCGGCUUAUUAUUGCCUACGGCGCUUGUACGACCGUCAAAAACUGGAUGUUACAAACGCCAUUGGAGCUUGUCGGUGCGGAUCUCAGUGCUGAGCGGAUCGGGGAGUGGCGUGCACUAUUGGUUUCUACUCCAGCGGAAGCCCCUCCAGAAGCCCAUCGUGUUUCAUUGCUUGUUUCCAGUUUGGUAGCGCGCGUAUUGCGAAUGGAGCAUUCCGGACGGCCUUACUCAGCGUUGCUUGGGGCGGCCUCCUGGCGCUCGCUAGCGAUGGCAAAACCUGUGGUGACAGAGUUUCUAGUAGAGGCUAUCCGGCGGUGUCGCGAGUGCCAAAGAUUCGUCUCACUUCGAUCCGCAUCUACAAAGUCAGAGGACGCCACAAAUGCCGUUGCCGAAAGCAUUGUGGCAUUUCUUGCUAAAAGCCUGCCACGGGAGUGGACACUCAUUGAGAGUCGCUGUCAAGCAUCAGGGCCGCACCUGCCUCCUGCUGUUGGGAUGCCUGCAAUUCUACGGUCACAAAUUUCUUCUGCUGCGGCAGUAUCGCUGCCAUUGCCACUUCGGCGUUGGGAUCGGUCCACGGCUUCGCCACCUGCAUUUUACAUGCCCCGGAGACUGGCUCCUCCGCCACCAUUGCAACACCAAAUGGUAUCUGGAACAACCGCAUCGGCUUCUGGAUUGACGCAACUCCAUCAUCAACUGGCGGCGAGGCCGCCAUCGACGUUUGGAUUGGCACUUGCCUCAUCGUCUGGCGAACAGUGUGCCGGGUCCAUCUUUGUCCCUGUUCGUGUAUUUCUUUCAGAUGCAGAGCAGAAGUGGCGCCAUUCUUGGGCAUUGACAUCGGUAAAUGAUGCGCGUGCUACGUCCAUCCAUGUACCUGAUGGCGUCGAGAUGCUUUUAUUGGAGUUAGAGCUGGAGUCCAGCACGGCGGGAGACCAGGAGCAGGAUUUUGUCCUGUUACAUAACCAAACAGAACGCGUAGAGCCGCUUGCAGAGCGGCCGAGGAUCAGGUUUAAGGUCCACUUGUCUGUCACACGACCCGUUGCCUUUGACUCAGUUGAGCUUUUCCAACGCGGCACCGAAUACGGCGGUCUUUUUCUUUUUGCGACCAUGUUCCUUCAUGUACAUGCAUCAAAGGAAUAG